GCGGGCACCACGUCGUCUGGCAAGGCAGUGGGCACCGAGUCACCAGGCACGACAGUGGGCUCCGAGUCAACUGGCAUGACCGCGGGCACUGGGUCAGACAUUGGAUCGUCUGGCCCGACAGCGGGCAUCGGGUCACCAGGCAUGACAGCGGGCACUGGGGUCAUCAGGCAUGGGAUUGUCUGGCACGACAGCGGGCAUCGGGUCACCAGGUAUGACAGCGGGCACUGGGUCACCAGGCAUCAGGUCAUUUGGCUCGCCAGCGGGCACCGCGUCAUCUGGCAAGGCAGUGGGCACCGAGUCACCAGGCACGACAGUGGGCUCCGAGUCACCAGGCAUGACAGCGGGCACUGGGUCAUCAGGCAUUGGAUCGUCUGGCUCGACAGCGGGCAUCGGGUCACCAGGUAUGACAGUGGGCUCUGAGUCACCAGGCAUUGGAUCGUCUGGCUCGACAGCGGGCAUCGGGGUCACCAGGCAUGACAGCGGGCACUGGGUCAUCAGGCAUUGGAUCGUCUGGCUCGACAGCGGGCAUCGGGGCACCAGGCAUGACAGUGGGCACCGGGUCAUCAGGUACCGGAUCGUCUGGCUCGACAGCGGGCACUGGGUCAUCAGGCAUGAUAGGAUCAUCAGGCUGGAUCAGUUCAUCAGCUGGGUACAGGCAUCAGGCUGGGUACAGGCAUCAGGCUGAAGUGCAGGUGCCGAGGCACCAGGCUGAACCACGGAAGGCAGGUUCUCAGACAGCAGGCUCACCGGUUUGGAUACUGGCAGG